AUGGCCGGAGUUAAUCGACCGAUGAGCCGAAUGAGAAAGUUGGAAACUAAAGAAGCACUGUUCCGGAGUCGGAAGCGCAUCCUCAAGUAUCUGGUGCUGGGGUUCCUGCGGCAGGAGGGCCUGCAGCGUAGCGCCGAUGCGCUCGUAGCGGAGGCCGCCGUGAGCGACGAGUACACCCUGUGCGACAACAUCGACCUGGACAUCAUCCUGCAGGACUACUGCAGCUACUACAUGAUCCGCUUCAACAAGCAGCCCCAGUUCUGCCGCAAGGCGCAGGAGGCGCCGCCCAGGAGGCCGCAGACCCGGCGCGCCAGGCCCGAGCGCGCGCUCCCGGAGACGGAGGAGCAGGACCCUGGGCUGCCGGCCAGCUUCACUGUCACGCAGUUGUUGAACGAUAACGAGCUACCAAACUCAUCAGCUGUAGAACGGAAGCCUCUUUCAGGCUUAAUAUCCGGGAUGACACCAGAGAAGAAACAGCUUGUAGAGCUGUUGUACCAGGACAUCGUCAGACCGUCGCCGGUAUCGUGGGACGACAUCAAAGGGUUGGCUACAGCUAAAAGCAUUCUGAUGGAGUCUGUGGUCUAUCCUGUCAGGUACCCCGAAGUGUUCACGGGGCUGCUGGAGCCGUGGCGCGGGGUGCUGCUGCAGGGCCCGCCGGGCACCGGCAAGACGCUGCUGGCGCGCGCCGUGGCCAGCGAGAGCGGCUGCACCUUCUUCAACAUCACCUGCAGCACCGUCGUCAACAAGUGGCGCGGGGAGUCCGAGAAGAUCGUCAAGGUUCUCUUCGAGAUGGCAUCCUACUACUCUCCGUCGAUCAUCUUCAUCGACGAGGUGGAGACGCUGGCCGCGGAGCGCGGGGGCGAGCACGAGGCGUCGCGCCGGCUGAAGACGCAGCUGCUGACCGAACUGGACGGCGUCGCGCACAGGGAGGGCGUCGUGUUCCUCCUGGUCAACUCCAACAUGCCGUGGGAAAUAGACUCAGCAAUGCUCAGAAGAUUGGAGAAAAGGAUCUACAUACCGCUGCCAGAUUUCAAGACACGAGAGGAACUGUUCGAGAGUUUCCUAAGCAGCAAGAACAUAGAGCUGGUGCCCAGGGUCAACUUCCAGGAGUUGGCGGCCAAGACCGAGGGCUACUCCGGUAGCGACGUGAAGCUGGUCUGCAAGGAGGCGCUGAUGAGCAGCGUGAGGAGGAUGCUGCCCAGCAUGGGGGGCAAGAAUCAUGCCAACCGUAAAGACAAGAUAUCUCUCUCCGAUGUGCUGACAGCGAUAGAGAAGACGAAGCCCGUUUCGAAGAAUCUAUCUAAAAGACAUGAAGACUGGCAAAAUGAAAUGGGCUCAUCUUAGAUAUUAGUGAUAAACAUAGAUAUUUGUUUAUGUGCCGAGUUUGAAUUGAGUAAGCGAACAAUUCGAUAUUUUAAUUGGUUUUCAGUUCUUUCUUCAGUUCACUUCUGGGCACUGUGAGGGAUUCAAAGGCGCAAGAAGUAAAAUACUUUGCUCUGGCGUGACACGUUGUAUGACUACUUACACACUACACUUUACCUACUAGCGAAUAUUUAUUAAUACAUAGUUUUAUUUUUAUUUAUCUUUAUAUCUAUACUUAUAAUAAAACUGUACAGGUCAAAUCUGUACAUUAUUUAGAUAUUUUGAAAAUUUUUGUUGGAGGGAAAUGAAUAUAAUCGAUAGUAAAGGCAAAACUAUUUUUUUCGUCGUAUUUUUGUCGAUCACGCUGAAAUUACUAAAUGAAUUCAAAUGAAACUUGGCACGAUUUGAAACUCACAGUUAAAAGUUAUAUUUGUAAAAAUUGGUAUGUUGGAGAAACAGGUUGACAUCAUAAUUGUUAUCGCCGUCUAGUGUUGAAAAUAGUAGUCUGUGACGGAUAUGACGUCGCACGAUCUCGUGUUGGGUGUUGGCUUCAGUGUGCUCGUGGCGUUCGAACCGUCCACAUCUAUUGCUGUGUAAUUCUUUAUGGGUUACUUGGAAUAGGCGGGGAGAGUGACUUGAGUGGAAAAGGGGAGUGUUUGAUAUCAGUCAAAGGAUCCUUUAACCCUACACACAUCGUUCACAAGUACGUGACUCCACUCAAGGUCAUUCUCUGCCAUUCUAGGGUCUUAUUUUGGUUACAGUUUGAUUUGUUAAUUAAGUUGUCCUGACAAGUGUUGUGAAUCAUAACCUUUGUUUGACAUUAGUUUCCUUAUAUUUGUAAUCACCUUUUGAGUCCUAUAACAUCAGAAGUGCGAUAAAGAACUUGUGCCCACAAAGUAAACAAAGAUAACGACGAAGUUUUAAACUAUCCUAAAUCAGGCCAAUCAUUUUUAAUUUAAUUGUUAAAUCUAGUAUGAGAGAGCAUUUUUCAUAAAAAGAGGGUAUCAAAUUAAGUGAGUAUAGUCGUAGUAUACACCGAUGAGUCUUACAUUACGAUAUUGUUAAAUUCGAAUAUUAAUAGUGUGUGAAUCGUGAUUCCAAAUUUUAAGUAUUGACGGUAUAACUUUAGUAUUGACGGUAUUGACGGAAAUUGUUUAGAAAUUGUGUUUUCACGGUGUUCUCGAUGAAACUUUGCGUUUUAAUAUUAUGACAAGACGCGAAAUGUUAGAUUUUGUGUUAAUAUUUGCAACUUAUAACAGUUUGAAAUUUGUGAAUUUUGAUUACCGGAUUAAGUAACCCUACUUCAUACACGACGUUAAAUACAAUGGUGACUUGAAAUAUACAUAACCCUAGAUACACAAGGCCCAUACACACUCAUUCGAUUAAAAAUGAGUCAUACACGACCUUCAAUAGUGGUUUGUACACGCUCAAGUUGUUAGUGUAAACGCAACUGCACCAGACACGGACGCGAUCCAGGGACGGAUGCGCCACCAGGAUGGCCGAAUGUUAUCGCCGUCUAGUGUUGGAAAUAGUAGUCUGUGACGGAUAUGACGUCGCACGAUCUCGUGUUGGGUGUUGGCUUCAGUGUGCUCGUGGCGUUCGAACCGUCCACAUCUAUUGCUGUGUAAUUCUUUAUGGGUUACUUGGAAUAGGCGGGGAGAGUGACUUGAGUGGAAAAGGGGAGUGUUUGAUAUCAGUCAAAGGAUCCUUUAACCCUACACACAUCGUUCACAAGUACGUGACUCCACUCAAGGUCAUUCUCUGCCAUUCUAGGGUCUUAUUUUGGUUACAGUUUGAUUUGUUAAUUAAGUUGUCCUGACAAGUGUUGUGAAUCAUAACCUUUGUUCGACAUUAGUUUUCUUAUAUUUGUAAUCACCUUUUGAGUCCUAUAAUAUAAUCGGAUUUAAAAAGCAAAACACAAUUUGAAUCAAAGUCUGUCAGGUCCAACAAUUCCCACUAAGAAUGUUACCAAUAAACCUUGAGUGGCAGAGAAUGACCUUGAGUGGCAGAGAAUGACCUUGAGUGAAGUCACGGACUUGUGACCGUUGUAACUAGGAUUAAAGGCGCCUUUUAAAACUAACUAACACUCUCCCUUUCCACGCAAGUCAUUCUCCACGCCAAUCCCAAAAUAAGGAUCCAUGAAGGAUCCAACAAAAGGUGUGGACGGCUCGAACGCCACGACAAGAAUGCCCUAGAUGUGAAUUGUAUAAAUAUAUUUAUUAAUUUUAUUUGUUUAUUUAAAUAAUUAAUAUUGCUUCGCGACAUCAUCCUUGUGACGUUCUAUUAUUUCACAAAUCCCGCGAGAACUAUGGUUUUUUAUUGGAUAUUUUUUUUUUUGAGACCGCUAUGUGUUAAGUUCAAAACAUAACCUAAUAUUGGCAAAUCCCUCCUUAUCUGGAAAAAAUAAACGUCAAAAAGGCAUCUGCGUUUCCUGACAAUAUAUUAAAAAGAUUUGAUACCAUUGGUUAUAUUUUUGGUAUUAUUGUUUCAAUGUGCCCCAUAUCUUGUUUCCAGGGUUCCCAACUUAGGGGUUUUCCCCCCAGAUUUAGGGGGCAAAUAAGUGAAAUGGGAUUUUUUUAGGGGUAUUUUCAGGGAUUUUUUGUCUCUUUAAUAUUUUUAAAUUAAUGACAAUUUUAAUAUUUCUUUCUUGACCUAGUAACUUAUAACGAUAUAUAAUACGUUGUUCUACAACCACUCUGAGACAACUGGCGGCAAUUUACAUCGAAUAAAAAAAAAUGUUAAAAUUUAUUAAUUGUCAACAUGUAUGAUUUUAAAAAAAUCGAAUCUUUAGAUAAAGACGUAAUAUUUUGUCUGUAUUAAAUAUAUAUUUUUUAAACUUAUUACAGCAUAUUAUUUCUAAAUUAUUAUGAAUUUAUAUUUUUUAGGGGACAACUAAUUAAUUUUGGCGUUUUUAUGAGUUUUUGACACAAACUUUAGGGAUAAAUAUUUUGGAGAGUUGGUAACACUUCUUGUUUCAUUGUACCCAAGACAUGGGGCAGAGGUAGGUGUUUACAAAAUCAAAGAUAAAUAGGUUUAAGUUUGAUUAUUUAUCUCUGUUUUGCUGUGCAAUUAUUAAGUUAUGGUAUAUGGUAUAUUGUUGAUGUUUGUAAGCAAAAAUAAACUAAAGUAUAAACUCUGAUUUUUUUUUAAUC